AACAAAUUAUACUUUCUAGACUUUUGUCCAUAAACUUCGAAAAGAGUUAAGUCAUUAUUGGGAUCUUUGUAUGGUUGGUGAAGAAGAACGUAAACAGUUCUCGUUUUUUGAAGACGAUCUUUAUACGGAAGAUUUACUAAGUUUACACGACAUGGAAUUGAACAAAUGGAAAAAAUUCUAUAAUCAGAAUUGUGCAAUUUUUAAAUUAUUAAAUAAACGAAACGAGGUGUGGCAGAAGUUACAAGAGUUAGAGAAAGCAGCGGCGGCACCAGACCGCUACAAGAAUCGCGGUGGCAAACUACUAAAAGAGGAGAAGGAAAGAAAUGUCUUAACUAAACAAAUCCCGAAGUUAGAGGAGCAAAUCAGAGAAUUGGCUUAUAACUAUGCGUUGGAGCAUAAUGGCAGGCCUUUUACCAUACAUGGAGAACCACUGGAAACAGUUCUUGAUAGGAGUACUGAGAAUCGGGAAAAUGAUCGGAAAUUAAAGCUCAGUGCACGGAAGCAGCAAAGAGAUAAGACUGUAACGCCAGGAAGAUCUCUAAUGCCACUUACUCCUAGGAACCGUAGUAAUGCCCUUGGAGGAAGUACUUGCAAAAGAAAAAUCAUAACACCUUCAAUGUCUGCCACAAAGAGAUCAAAAUAUUUACAAGUACCUUCAGGUUUAAGAACUGCGCCUCCUAAUAUUACGUGUGGUAAAGUCGCAGGAGGCAGAUCUCGUUAUUCUCUCGAGAAAAAGAAACGCGAAAAAACAAGGAGAUCAAAAAGCUUAACGAAGCCGACAAUCGAAGCAGUGCCCAAAUCCUUAAACGUAACUUAUGAUAAAUUUAAGGAGGAAAUGUCGACGAAGGAGACGUGUCGUAGCACAGAUAUUUUUACUGCAAAUAUUUCACCGUUGGCAGUGCCUUUGCCUCCUACGCCUCGUGCCAGGCCAAGGGUUUAAAAUGUAAAAUUUCCGUUCCAGAGUGGUUGUGUUUUUAUGCUAGUUGCAGGAUUAAGUAUUAAUUCGUUUAAGUAUUUUUAUUUUAAAAGUUACAUGACAUUUUAUACUUAUUUUUGCUGUAUGUAGCCUAUAGUUGGGCAUUUAUUUUAAACAGUAUUCAAGUUCUUUUAAACGUUCAUUUCUCUGCAUUAGUUAAGAAUAUUUUGUACAAAUAGAAAUCAAAAAUAUUUACCUAACAUGCUUUUUUAAUGUUUGUAAAACUACGAAUUGUUUACAGAUCUUUUAUUUCUAUUACUCGAAACAUUUUCAAAAUUUUUGCUUUUCCAAUUUGGAAGUAAUAUUUAAAUAUAGAAAUGUAUGUAUGAUAUUUCAUAGUUUAUAAUAUUUAAGUUAUAAAGGCAAUAUUGAAUUCACUUUCGUACUAUUACAUAACAUUAUAUAAAAAAAACAUCAAUGCUUAUUAUUUUUAAAGAUGUAUGUGGAUUUUCCCUGAAGGUGCAAAUUAAAAUAAUAAGUACUUAAGAUGCAUUGGAUACUUAGCUUGUAAAUUUAUCGUACAA